AUGAAAAAUUCUACUCAUCAACAAAAUGAAUAUACAGAUCGUUUAGGAAAUAAAUUUCAAUCAUUAACUAUAGAAACCGAUAAUUUGAUAAUUGAAGAACAUUUAUUACCAUAUGAUUUGAAAGAAACGAGUUCAUAUGAUUUAAAUGACAAUCAAUUGACAAUUGAAACUCGAAAUAAAGAUAAAUUGAAAGUAAAAUAUGAUGAAAAUUUACAAAGAAUAUUUUAUAGUCAUGCUACAGGUGACAAAAAACGUGAAUGUUUUUAUACGUAUGAUAGUCAAAAUAUAAUGGAUUCAGCAUUUAGUACUGAUUCAUAUGAUUCUGUAUUCAAUUUUUAUGACUCGUUGGGAAGAUUAGUCAAAACUAAAAAAAAAACUAAUUUGGAAAUUGAAUAUAUUUAUAAUAGUAAAUCGAAUAUUAUUGAAAUUAAUUCAAAUGAUAAUAAUAAUAUGAAAUAUGUACGUGACAAAAAUGAAAAUAUAAAAGAAAUACGAUAUAAUAAUGACAUUAUUGCCAUAGUUAAUCAUUCUAUUAGUGGCUAUCAAAUUUAUUUGACAAAAGUAUUUAGAAAUUAUAAAUAUAUAUAUUCUGAAGAGUCAGGACUUUUAUCAAAAUAUAUAAUUGAAGAUCUAAGAGUUCCAAAUAAUUCUAUAACUUAUGAAUAUGAAUACAAUCAUAAAUCUCUUAUGACACAAAUGAGACAAAUAACAAGAAAAGAUAACGAUAUUGUUACCAAAUAUUCUUAUGAUAGUCUCAGUCGAUUAGUAAGUUUGACAAAUAAUAAAACAAAAACAGUUAUUACUAUUGAAUAUGAUUUAAAUGGAAAUAGACGACGAUUUUUUAAAAUGGAUGAAAUGAAAAAAGAAUCAUUUGAAUAUUCAGUAAAUGAAUUAAAUCAAUAUUUAACUAAUGGUGAAAGUUCCUAUACAUAUGACAAUAAUGGAAAUGUAGUUAAAGAAUAUAAUAAAAAUAGGAAUAGUGAAAUAUUCUACAAUUAUUAUGAAGAUGGUAAAUUAUUACAAUUUAUUGAUAAAGAUGAUAAUUGUACUCUAAAAUAUGAUUGUCUAGAACGAUUAAGUCAAAUUAAUUGUACAAAUGCUGGACUAUUUAUAUUUAACUAUCAUUCAAAUUCAAUGUUACAAAAACCAUUAUCAGUCAUACUGCCAAAUAAAACUUUAAUCUAUUUUAUUCAAUUUCCUCUUAUUGGAAUAAUAGGAUUUAUAAUUGAGUCAAAGAUAAAUUUUAUUGAAUUAAAUGGAAAUUUAAUGGCAUCACAAAUCUUAAAUUCAAAUGGUACAAUCGAACCACCUAUUUCAAUAACAAAUCCGGAUCCAUUUACAUCAAUUUUAUCAAAUUUAACUAUUAAUUUGAAUACAUUUUGGCCAAAUUUAAACUAUGGUACUACGCUUAGUACGGAUAAUAAACCCUUUUCAGAUAAAAAUGAGAUAGUGCUUGGACAGCCAGUGUAUAAUCUAGAUGGUAUAUUUACUUCACCAUAUUUUCCUCGGGAUCCUAUUAACAAAAAUCAGCCUUCACAAUUUAAUAUAAAAUCUUCACAAUUGAUAAUACCCAUACCUACCAUUCCUGGUUAUUUAACACCACCCGAUAUGAAUUCAGCACAAAAGCAAAUUAAUAGAGCUGUUAAUCGAUUUAAUAAACCAUCUACUUUGUCUAGUAUAUGUGACAAAUACAACUCAUUUGCGAACAAAAAGAAACGAAACGUUAAACAGUCAAGAGUCUUAUUAGAACAAAUCAGAAGUAGAAAUAACUUAAUGAAAAUGAAUUUUACAAAACCAAGAAUAAUUGAUGAUUUGUGCAAAGGUGCUGCAGCAUUUGUUAAAGAAUAUUAUUUCAAUGAUGGGACACUUGCUUCGGCAAGUAAUGAAUUUCUGUCGCAGAUGUCAGAUUCAUAUUCCAAUCUUAACUCUUAUGUCGACUCUUCAUGUAAUAAUGUUCCGGCCAGUGAACGUCUUAGUUCAUAUCUUGCGGGAAAGGCUGCGGGAAAGAUAACAGACAAAGCACAAAAAGCAUUAGGCAAAUGGGUGUCACCAAUUGUAGCUAAACAUCCACUUGUGGCAUGUGGAAAAGGAAUUGCAGAACAUUUUUUUGAAGAUGCCAUUAAUAAAGCUUUAAAUUGGUUUUUAUCACAAGAUCCAAAUGAUAUAAGUGGUCCAAAUGGUUAUGGUUUUCAAAAUUAUAUCUCAUUAAAUCAAAAAUUUAAAUUUAUUAUACAAUUUGAGAACAUGGAAAAUACAACUGCACCUGCUCAAAUCGUAAAAAUCACUUCAAUUUUAAACAAAAAUUAUAAUCAACAAACUCUUAUGUUUACCCGAUAUGGAUUUAAUGAUUUAGAAAAACAAAUAAUCGAUUUAAAAAAGCCUUACAUGAAUGACUUACAAGUAUUAAACGAUUAUGAUGUUCGUGUUUUUGCUACAUUUAAUCCUAUUUCAAGAGAAAUUUUGUGGACUUUUAAAACGAUUGAUAAAAAUACGGGCGAUACUCCAGAAGAUGCAAGUAUAGGUUUUUUACCACCCACUGAUGGAAAAAUGUUGGGUAAAGGUUUUAUAGAAUUUGAAGUUUUAAUCAAUCCAGAAACAAUUCAUCUCACUGAAAUAGAAGCAAAUGCAACAAUUAUCUUCGAUAAUAAUGAGCCAAUUGAUACAAAUUCUUUAACUUACACUUUAGAUUCAGUUGUACCUGAUAUUACCUUAUUACACAUUAAGAAUGAUACUAUUCAGUAUCUCUUCAUCAACGCUUCUGAUAACGGAUCUGGUAUAAAAAAGAUUGAUUUGUACGAUGGUAUUGAUAAUUUAAUUUAUUCAACAAAUGAAUCAAUUGUAAUCAUUGAUAUACCUGAACGUUUUGAACCGUACAAUUUGUAUGUUUCAGUUGAAGAUAAUGUUUUAAAUUUUUUACCAUUAACAUUUUAUCAAAAUAUAACUGUAAGAACUAUGGAAACGACAGAAUGUCCCAAUAAUUGCUCAGAAAAUGGUGAUUGCACUAAAUAUGGAGUUUGCGACUGUUUUUACAUGUACAAAGGAGACGAUUGUAGUAUGAACGUAACGUUGGAAGAUAUUUUAAACGAGCCACCAUCAUUAACAAUUGGUUAUUAUCCAAGUGAAAUUCGUAAUAAUUAUGAUUUGAUAUUAGAGACGAGUGAAUCGAAUGAAACAUACGUUCAGAUAAAAAAUUUACCAGAUAAAAUUCAAAUAGCGUACAACAAUGAAAUAAUCUUAGCAGACUCGAUAACUUAUUUAUCAAAAGUAAAUAAGUUUACAAUGAAAAUUCCAUUGAAUUAUUUCACUAAUUUUAAUCUUGAUCUAAAUAUUACAACAAAAAGAUUUAACAAUAUAACAUUGAAAGAAAAUUAUGUUUCGAUGAUGUUCUCUUAUCCAAUCUAUGUUGGAUCCUUCGAACCCGAAUAUAAAUUUGAUUUUACAGUUAAUUGUCACAAUUUUCAAUCAAACACAAAUAAAAUUUUAUUCAAUAGUACACAACUUUUUGAUCAAGAUGAAAUUUAUGUGAAAAAAAUUCAAAUACCAUCAUUUAUUGAGUUUGAUCUAAACAAAAUGUCAACUGGAAUCUAUUAUUUACAAAUGAAUUCAUCUGAAAUAUUUGAUGAAAUAGCAAUACACCUAGAAUUUAUAGUGAAUAAUGAAUCGAAAAACUCUGUUGAACAAAUUAUCACUUAUAAAAUAUGUAAAGAAACGGCACCGAAAAAUAAGCCAAAGUCAUUGAGUGCUGGUAUUAUUAGUGCAAUUGUUAUAUCAGGAGUUGCAUUCCUUCUAAUAUUAGUUUUAAUCUUUACAAAAACCGGUUUACCGUUUAUUCAACCAAUUGCAGUUCUAGUAGACUAUCCACAAGCUGAUCACGAAUAUCAGGAAUAA